AUGUAUGGUGAUCACUGCUUCGGUAGAGCGCGAGUGAAGUUUGCGUUUGUGUUCCUGAUCCUGCUUCUGUACUUGAACCAUGCAUCGGGCGACGAAUCCCUCAUCCCGGACCAAAUCGCCGAGGAGGCACGCGACUCCAGGCCGAGCGUCGUUGUUUGGCCGAACACCCCCAACCCGAACGUAACUAUCGUCAGUGCUACUCGCGAAGCGGGGGCGAACUACACGCUGUCGGCGUCGCCCGCCGAAUUGGACCCGGUUCUCGUGGACGGCAACUCCACCGAGCACCGGAGGGUGAACCGGAAACCGGACGAACCGGAAACGGCGGAAUCGAAAGUACGCAAUGGAGUGUCCGCACCGGAGAAGAGCAAAACCGGGGAGUCGAAGAACCGGCCGGAGGUAACCGGUUCAGAGGGUGACCAUCGGAAAUCCAGCGCGGAGGAGGGUUCCGGACGGCGCCGGAAACCGGAUACGACCGAACCAGAAACCGGUAAUCGCGGGAGACCGGAAGAGGGUGAAGUGGCGGAGACGCGGAAGUCGGUUCGACGUCGGAGACCUGGCUCGGGUUCGGGCGAGUCAGGGGAGGACCCGGAAGGUCCGACAGUGCCGGCGGACGAGUCGGAACCCGCGGUCCGAAAGUUCAAGUCGGAGCACGAGGAUCCGCCAGAAGUUCCGACGAAGGUGGAUUUCAACGGGAGCAUGGCUACCCCGCCGCCCGGUUCCGGGAUCAAGCUGGACUUCGUUCCUCGUCAGACUUACGUCCAGGUGCGACGCACGGAUAGCGUCAAGCGACUGCCCCAAAGCGCCGCCUACGCAGCUGCCAAAACACCCGAAGAACGGGACAACGCCGGCAGACUGAGGGAAGUCGUCUCUCAUAAGAAGUCGCAAGAGGUAUACGAGGAGCAAGGCUACGAGGACUCUGCUUAUGAUCAUGGAGGCUAUAAGAAAAAGGGAGAGAUGCAAGAGGCAAAAGUUUCUCUCGACAAAGGGCAUCACGGCACGAAUUCUAAAGUGAAUCGGAAAGGUAAAGAUAAGAUUGAAGAGUCACCUGCUGCGUCAGUGCGGAAGCCCCAAUCAGAAGCACCACUCAACACCACUGCAGAAAAACUCAUAUUCUACCCGAAGGUAGAAGCUGCCAUCGAAUCUGCUAGCAACUACAAAACCUCAGUCUCCAAGAAACCUCCGACCAGUAGCAAAAGACGACCACAAGCUAGCCAUAGUCAUCCCGUAACGCACUACAAGAAGCAUGCAUAUACUCCACCCGAGUUUGAAGGUGCGGUCAUCGAGAAGUUUGUUGUCAUAAACGGGAAGCAAAUUCCAAUAUUUCGUAAGAAUUUGAAACCCAUGAAAAAUAUGCGAACGCGGCCCUUUGAGGAUGAAUCAAGUCGGCCGAAAACCAAAAAAAGACUGAAUAAUAAGAAGAAAGUUUAUCCGUCCAAGUACCCAGAUGUGCCAAGCUACCAUUCAAAUCCAGAAGUGUUUGUAACGACUCCCCCAAAAUUUAAGUAUGUGACUGAUACAGAUGGAAAAUACUCGCACUCUUACAAUCGACCUACGACAAAGUUGAAAUCAUUUCAUCCAGACACGCAGGGUUCUUUAAGCUCCGCAUACCACUUUACCAAUCCUGGCCCUUUUCGCUACGUGAACAAGGUUGAGGUCAUAAACGGGAAACCAAAAUCACCUACUAGACAACGCCAGCGUUUAAAUAAAAAACCACCCUCUUUCCCAGAGAGUGAGGAGUCACACACAGAAAAGCUGCCUUCCUUAAACUCCGCUGAAUUUGAGAGUAACUUCAAAAUCAAGGACCGACCUGCAUUGAACAUCAAUCCUCCAUCAACUGAGCUUUCGAUUUUUGGAGAGCCGGAUACUUCACCAUGGGUACCAAUCACACCCCCUCCCGAAUACCAAAACUCACCCCCUCCCAAAGUAAGUAAAGGUGGUCGCAAACCGUCAAAUGGUCCUUCACAUUUUAAAGGACCUCCUUCCGCAUCAAAUUUUGAUGAUGGGGGUCCCAUUGUCAAUGACAAAUUUAUUGGCUUUCCGGACUUUCCAAAUGAAUUUCCCAAUCCUGACAUGAAACCACCAAAAGCACAAUUGCCUCAAAAACACUUAAAAAGACCAAAACAAAACAGCUGGCUUGGAUCCACUCAUGACAUUCCAGAUAACUAUAAGCGACCGUACAGCCGGCCAAAAACUCCUCCUUCAGUGAAUCAGAAUUACAACAGCGAUUUUCACCAGUACACAAAUCAUGAGGAUCAUUUCAAUCCUCAUCAGAACUCGCCAUUUAGGAUAAAAUCUGUAGCCAGGCCUCACGAAUCUGCCCAGUUUGGAAGUGGCGAGUCAACAGAGGGAUCUUCCGAAGUCAUGAAGCAUAGAGGACGGAAACCGGAAAGUUUUAUUGUUCCGCGCCAUCCGGGUGGUCAAUACGUUUCAAACAAAUUCAGAAAUACCAACAAAUUCAAAAGUCAGCCAACAAGGUAUUCUUACUUUAACAGGGAGAAUGACCCGAAGGAACCAUAUGAACCACAGUUUAGUACCUUCAAGAAACCGAAAGAUCCCGACACUUUCAAAUUUGAGACUUCAAAUUUUAGGAAGCCGGGUGACUCAGAGCCUUUUAAUUUUGAGACUGACAUAGAGUCUACCCCUAUGAGUGGACCGUUUUUCCCUUAUCAAGAGCAAUCGCCUCCUAAAAAACCUCCCCGAAAAUCACCGGUGAGAACUCGUAAUAAAACUAACAAUAUUCCAAAGAACCAGAGACCUAAAAAUCAAAAUCAGCAACCGAGCUCGUUUGAAAGUGAGCCAUCAUUUGGGGAGUUUCCCGGGUCAUUUGAAAGUGAGAAGUUCGUAAAAAAUGUAGAUAAAGAAAAUUUUGGCGGGAACCAAGGAUUCGGUAAUGUGGACCACUUUCCUUACAUGAGUGAACAGCAUGAGCCAUACCGCCCGUCGCAUAGUUCAAAUCACAUGGGUCAUGGGAGCACUUUCUCCGAUUACAGCCCACAAUUCAACGUUCACUCUAGUUACAGUUUUGAACCUAGCUUCCCUGAAAACAUAGCUCUUACCACUCAAGCUCACAUGGAAGUCGCUCCUACGUACCCUUCUAGCUAUAAUCCAGUUCCUCCUCCGACUGCUCCACUUGACUCCUCAAAAUUUUUCUCAGAAAAUCAUGAACAUGUUGAGCCCAAACCCUCAAAAAUGAACGGAGAAAAUAGUCACAAGAGCUCACAAUUCUUAGAACCGAGUUCAACAAGCAACCUCAACGUGACGGUAAUGUCUUAUUCACAGGACAACUCGACAGCAACUCCGCCAUUACAAACAACCUCAGAACAACCAACUUUUGAAAAAACGACCACCACACCUAGAGAAAAACCUAACAGCAGGUACCGUUGGCGACCACGAAAACAACCAACUCAACACCCUCAGCUUGGAGAUUGGAGUGGUAAGAACAAUAGCAGUAGAGGUGAAAUUUUUAGACGUAGAACUCGGCCGAAACAGGAAAUUCCUCCAAACCAAUUCAAAUUGAGCUCCCGGCCAGAUACAGAGAGAGACUCGGUUCCUAAACCAUCAAAUAAUUACUACCCCAGUGUCAUGACACCUCCAAAAUUUGGACUGAAUGAUGCGCAGCGUUUUCCUAAUCUACAGCUUCAUUACACAGUUCCCGAUUUUAGUGCUAUGAAAGAUAAAGGUCGGCCGCAGUCAGGAUCAAUGAAGGAGAAUAAGUCAGCAAGCUACUCUGUAGACCAUUUAACCGAUCAGGUCAUGCAUGCUACGUCAACAAUUUCAACAAGGGAAAAAAAUUACUCCAGUACAGGACAAGGUUUGCAACCCCCAGUUGGCACGACAGCAGAGAAUAAUAGCACUCAUGUCCAACCUGAGGUUCUAAUUACAACGGCCAGUCAGAACUCAAAACAUUACCAAACAGUUUCCAGGCAAAAUCAAACCGCUCAAGAGACAGGACAGACUUCCAACCAAGCUGUAGACUCGAACCAUUCACCCAUUAAUUCACGACACCCUUUUCUCCCAAAAGACAUGGAAUCCAACAUGCACGGACAGCAAGUCGUUUACAAAGACGGUGGUAAAAAAAAUCAAUCUGAUGUUCUUGUAACUUACUAUGGGUCGUUUGAUGUUCCGGAGAAAGUUUUAAAAAAUGAAAAACCAAACGAAAUAUCAGAACUUCCAAAAAAACCAGAAGAAAUAGCGCCUAUUAAAUAUAUCGAAAACCUCACUCUUCAGCACUAUUCGAUGCCUGAAAAUUCUCUACCCUACCAACCACUCUCAAAUACUCAACAAAACAGGAUCAUCAAUAUUGCAAAUGAGUUGAAUAAAGAACCUCCGGCUGCAGAAAAGAACUCGUCCAAUCGUAGGCAUGAUGUGAACAAGCCGUUUUUUCAAACUUACAUGGGUUAUCCCUAUUCAGCUGUUGAUGGCCGCAAUGAACGUGCUUUCAACUUAUCACUAGAUCAGAAUAAUAACACAAAAAUAUCCAACAACAAGACUGAUCAAUCCACGAAUGUAGAUAGACUCCCACUUACAGUUCACAUUAAUAAAAGAAAAACAGAAGCCGAUCGAGUUUUAAGCUACAGUGAUCUACUGGAGCAGCUUGAAAAACAGAGAUCAAAAGUUAACUCAAUGAAUAUCCAAAACUCAACGGAUGCAAUCAAUUCAGGUUCUGAGCAGAAGAAAAGAACGCGCAGGUCAGCAAGUAAUACCGAUUCAAUUGGACGAAAACGCAUGCUCCUGGAAGUAGCGUCAGAAGGUACAACAACUUUAAUGCCGAUAGAUGUACAAAAGUUUCCCUUCUACACCUCCUUGGAUGCAGAUAAGACAGCUCAGUUCUCACCUCUUAGGUAUGCCCAAAAUCCACAGCACAUUCCAAAAAAAUCAGGUCAUGGCAUGGAAUUCUACGAGUCUAGAAAAAACAUUAAUUGUGACGAUCCCGAGGGACCCCAGAAUGUUGUUCCUAAAAGGGCUGCUGAUGGCGAAUGGAAUGAACGACCUCAACCAGAAAGCGCCCGCCUACCAGAGCUUGGUGACAGAAUCAGGUGUUUUAGAAGAAAAUUCUUUGAUGAGGACCCUUUAGAUAACCCAUUCUUCAAAGAGGAGUUCAUUGGCCCGCCCCAAAGAAUAAGGGUUGCCAAAGUUAUUUAUGAAGACCAAGAGGACGAUAAAAAUGAAGAUGGUGAUACGAUUGUUGAUGAUGAGCUCCGAGAGGAAGAAGAGGAAUCAGAGGAGGAAGACUCAUUCGAACCUCAAGAGUCAAGAAAUUUGGCGACGUAUACUACGCCAAUAGAGGCCCCCGAUAAAGUUGCCUCGGCCGCAAAAUCCUCCGGUCAAGUGCGUCGUAUUCUCGGAGAUGAUUUUGGACUGUAUAAAGAUGUCAUUAGUAACAUCAAACACAUGAACGAGGCAGCAUAUAGAGAUGAAAUAACUAAUAGUGAAAACAUAAAUAAAUUUAACGAUACUUCAUUAAACUCAAAUAGAGGUGAUAAACAUGGAAAUGAAGGCACUGGGGGGAAUGAUUCAAUUGGUUCCCAGUCUGAAAAAAACACAGAAAGUGUACAUUCCAUUUUAUCAAUGCCUAAAGACUACAUUAAAAAUCACAAGUGGCAACAUCCCCGCCACACAGUGAAAGACACGCGAAAAAAUCAAACUUUAGGAAGAAAUCAAUUUACGGACUCAGUUUCUUCCGAGAACGAUCCAGAAGCAAAACAUGCGUAUUUUCAAUCCGAUUUACAGAAUAUUUUUCAAAAUCGAACAAAAAUUGGAGGAAAUUUCUUGAAAUCAAAUCAUUAUGAUGAUAUGUUUAAAGAUCCCUACUUCAAGAACACACAUUACCCCUCAAAUCUUUUUCAAAAAUCGAAAUAUGCAUAUCCAUACUUAAAAAAAUAUCGAAAACCUACUAAUCAUAAGCAUCACAAAAUUAUACGGUCAGGAGCUAAGUUCCUGAUUAAAAAGAGACCUCUUAACCCGAUUGUAUCCAACUCUGUUUACGACUACUCUUCAGAGUCUCAAGAAGUUGAAACUGAUAAGGAAAAGUUAAAGAUGGUUGGAGUUCCAAGUAAGCAAAUUAUUCACAUGUAUCAGCAAGCCCCUAUUUUUGACCUAUUUAGCCCCUUGGAAAAUUUAAUGGUUGAGCCAGCUGAAUAUUCUGACACGCCAAUAAAAAUUGUGCAUAAUUUCUACAAUUUACAGGUUUCGCCAAAAUCUAAAAAGCAUGGGUCAUUAACAGAUCAUCACAAAGAGACCGAGCCUGAAUAUUCGAACUAUAACUACAAUUACAACUACUAUGAUGAAAAUUCUCCAGGAAAUGAGGACCCAGAGCAUCCAGAAUAUGCAACCUCCCCUGAGUAUGCACAAUCCAGUCCUGAAGAUUCUGAUUACGGUCACUCAAAACGGAGAUUUCUAAAUAGGCCAAAAAUGACUUUUUCAUCCUACCCGAGCACAAGCAACAGCUACCCAGAGUAUAGUUGGUUGCCUUCUACAGUGUCGAACCUGAUGGGAGAGUCUCCCACUGGAAAAUUCCGGCGGCACAAGCGCGACUUAAAAUCUGACAUAUUCCCCGCCUCCGAGCCCUUUUCAAUGGUCUCUAGGAUGGCAAAAUCUGUAACUAAUCAUAAUUCAAACGCCACUACUGUUAAUAACUUAAUAUACAAUUUCAUCGAAGCUGAAAUAGAUACCGCUCUGAAUAAAACGGAAAAUAAAAAUAUCACAAGGUUGAAGAAACGUACGCCUUCUGCAGCGACUCGCAAAAUUAGCCUGGAUGAUGCAGAGACGUUUAUGAAAACUGCACAAACCAUGUUUUAUCCAAAAUUGCUGUUAUUGCGUGAGGUUAAAAUUGACACAACUCGAAGACCGGAGCCUCUGCCUGGGUUCAUCAGUCGGCAUAACCCCGUCUUUAGCAGUCGAUAUAAUAAAGAGCUGACUGAAUUCCAUAAUGGAACUUGGACCAUGAAGAGGAACCUUACAACGACACCACCAACAACCACCGAAGCUGCUCCAAGCAGUCAAAAGCCAAGGUUUAAGUUCCGCUUUCCCUCGCGGGCUGUGAAGCAAGGAAACACAAUGCCCACCGUCAGAUCGGUUGCUUCUGAGUCAAACUCUAACUUUAGUAUCGUCCCACCAUCGCGAAAUUUACUGAAACCCGACGAUAUUCUGCGACGUCCCAAACAUGUGGACGUUUACGAAUCCUUGCGACGUCUCAAGGGUGAGAUGAUACCCAGUCCACCAAAUAAAAGACCAAAACCCGUCGAAAAAUAUGUGAAUAGAGGGUCUAAAGUGUUCUCUGAGACUUACAAGCAGAACACUGAGGCCAUUGUUGAUCAAGAUGGGAGCCAUGACACUAAGGAGUCCCCGUCGUUCACGGAGUCAAGCCAUCUUACAGACUUCGUGACGACGAUUAACCCUAUGAAAGAUUCGUUGAUCUACGUUGUCGCUCCUGAGUCCGGGCAAGGUCAAUGGAUGAAGGAAAUCAAAGUUGAGAUGCCCAAUACUCCGUGGCAGCCCUCGGACCCAUAUGAGAGCGCACAAGUCCAUCAAAAGCGGGUCCCAGUAAACAAUAUCUUGGCAGGAACUGGCCUAUCGGCCAAUUAUGACGAUCCGUUCGGGUUUCAUUACGGACUCCGGACUAUGCAACAUAGGAAGACACCGUCUCGGAGUCGUGGGUCUGCUCUCGACCAGGGUCAAACUCCAACAACUCAGACGAUUGAAAUCGUCAAGCUUAUCGACGGAGCUGUGGUCGAGGAGAAAGUAAAUCUUGACGUAUUUUCUGCGGAUCUCAACGGCUGAAUGAUCCCCCGAGGUUUGCGUGGGUAGGUUGGUGCUUCUCACGACAGGCUUCCUGGUUUUUGUUAGGAUCACCGCCUUGCUAUCACGUACCUCAGUGGUGAUAAGUAACAAGUGCCAGAAUUUCUCUACGUCACAUGUUCGUUUAUCCAAAGCGUUUCACGUCAUCCCCACCUUACACACUGAAAAGCAAUGCAGGCAAAACGGGUCAAUCACUGUGAGGUGCUUUCAAAACCUUCGAGGGCGAUUUUCAUGGUUACGUCUACUGCAAUUGCAACAUCCAUCAUCAAAAUAGAAUUUGCGCUCUAUUCUACGAUCGUCUGUUAAUGGUGGUGAUUUUUCCAUUUUAUGAUUUGAAAGUAACAUACUAGCUUUGUGUUGAAUUUAUGUCAUGGUGAUGGAAACAUCAUCUAUAAUCAUGACAUCUUUAUUUCGUAGGUUGUCAUUUCUUGCGGUCUCAUGUUAAUUAUUAUAGUUCACCAUUCGGAGUUAACUUUUGACGAAAAGAGAGUAAGAAAUCUUCAUAUUAGAGGGAUGCAGAAUUUAGGUGCCAAUCGUUAAAAUUGUGUUUCGACUACCGUAAUUCUACUUGCAGAGACAUCUUCAUUUUGUAUCUUCAAAAGAAUAGAAAAGAGAUCGCUGAGGGAAAAAUUUUACAGCAAACUUUAAAAGAAUGUUUGAAAAUUGUUUAUGACUUAAACCGAUUUAAACAGAAGAAGAAGUUACAAGAAAUCGACACACUUUAUAAUGCGCUUUAUAAACGCCUUCUCAACGACGUUUUAAUGUUCUUACAUUUUUAACAGUGCAUGAGAAAGUGUACCCUCUUUCUCCUACGCAUAUGGAUGAUCUUGCUGUUCGCGAGUAUCAUAAAUCAUAUUUUUAAGACAAAAUGAAGAGUUAAGAGUAUGUGUUAAAUGAAUCUCCGCUAUUUUGUGUUAUUCGGGUUUCAGAAAUACUGGUAAAGUCUACGGAAUAGUAAUAGUAUACUAUUGGUUUCCUAUAUGUAUGUUUCUAAUUUUUCAUUGCAACGGAAUUAUUUUCAUUUACUUCUAAAGGUAAUUACGAAAUGAAUUCGUGUAUCGAUAGCUUGAAAGGAUGUAAUAACAAACUGUUUCUGGAUUCGUUGAUGAUUAGAUUUUCUUACGUUUUAACAAAAAUGUAUAGCCUCUUUUUAAGAUCAGUAAGCAAGCCAAAAUAUUUUCUUUUCAUCAAUUUUUAGUGGAGUUUGACUUAUAAAAUUUCCUCGUAUUUGAAUCAUAGUUAAUCCUCCAAUGGAAAUCUAGACACGGAACAUGUCGACAAGGUAAGUCCGCAAUUACGUAUCUUUGUUUGCGACGUUGCAGACAUUGCUGUACCUUAUUUUCAGAGUGGAAAGCUACCCGACGGCAAUUCUUACCGUCGUGAUUCUUCAUCUCAGUACGAAGAAAAUUCUGCGAAAACUUCAAGAGACGGUGUUAAUUUGUUCUCCUUUAAAAAAUAAAAUUGGAGCGGAUAUUUUCAAAUACCGCAAUUCAAACGAGGUACGCGCGGUGGCGGACUUACGUCGUCGGAAUGUUAUAUUCUCACCUGCGAGUUAAAUUUUCAAAUUUCCGAUGUGCCUGUUGCUUUUAUUCGAAAUUGUGACGAGAUGACAUGUAUUAUGGUGCUAAUAUCUUAUUAAGGGUCGAUGAUUUUUUUCAAGGAAAAAAGAGGAGACAAGGAAUUUUCUUGUGAAAAAUGCAAACCAUUCCUCAUUUCACUCCAGUCAAAAAGCUUCGAGGGUUUUGAUGUAACUUUUCGAAAAAAAGAAAAUGGUGUUUUUUACGUUGGAAUUUUUAAGUGUUACCAAUGAUUUUUAUUUUAUGUAAUUUUACUUAUUUAUUGUUUCAAUAAAAAGCCAUAUUUGACAAAGUA